AUGAUCGCUAGGAGAAACGUCCUUCAAGUGGCUGUGGCAGCGGCUCUUACUGCUUAUAUCCUGUGCACGCUGCUUGUCAAAAAGUUCGGGAAUAUAUCAUGGCCUACCUCACUUCCCGAUCUCUCGCGGAACUACAUGGCCGAUAGUGUCUUUGAACAUAUCCAGAACAACACUCUUGGGUUUGAGCAUAUCUAUGCCAUCAGUAUGAAAGAGCGGACCGACAAGCGCGAUUUCCUAACACUAGCAGCCUCGGUAUCGGGGUUCAAUGUGGAAUGGCUCGAUGGAGUGCGACCGGAUGAUCUACAUCCCAAGGCCAUGCCUGAUGGACUGAACCCCGCACUCGUGAAGCCCACUGUUGUGGCAUGUUGGCGUGCGCACAUGAAUGCAUUGGUCAAUGUGAUAAGUAAUGGCUAUUCGACUGCGUUGAUUUUAGAAGAUGAUGCAGACUGGGACGUGAGCCUCAAGUCCCAGCUUGGGGAAUUUGCACGCGGGCUGCACUCUUUGAAAGGAACCAAAUUCGUAUCCCAGGAAGCUCCUUACGGAGUAGAUUGGGAUCUCCUCUGGAUCGGUGGAUGUGCUUCGGGCCCGAACGCCAACGAAACAAGCUUCUACGCUAUCCCCAUGGACCCCACGGUUCCAAGGGCCCACCACCGAUCCACCUGGGGUGGACCCACCGAGCAGUGGAAGCAACAAUAUCCAGAAUUGGCCGAGGACUCGACGCGGGUUAUUUAUCGUGCUGAAAUGGGCUGCUGCAUGUUUGGUUAUGCAGUUACGACCAAGGGUGCUAGAAAAAUUGUUUCCGCGCUUUCCAUCGAUCAUUUGGAUAAGCCGGUAGAUGACGCCCUGAGUGAGUUGUGCGCGGGUGCUAAUGGGCGUCACAAGAUUGAAUGCUGGGCCCCGUUUCCCAACUUGAUUGGUACAUAUAGAAAGGCCGGCUCGGCUUCUCGAGAUUCAGAUAUUGAGAGCAACAACGCGGCUGAAUUCCACGAAGAGCUGGCCUGGAAUAUGGUAUACAGCACCAGGCGUAAUAUCCACCAAUUGGUUGCUGGUGAGGAAACUGUUUACUCACAAUGGAAGGAUGAGGAUGUGCCAUGGUCGAGUAAAGCGAUCAAGCAUAGGGAGUUUGCUUAUCCCACUGGAUAUCUUGUCAAUUAA